CUGAGGGAAAAAGACCAUGUGGCUUUUCAUAGGAAGCAAACCUCUCUGAGAUUCAGCAAGCUUGGUCACAAGAGAGGUCCAAUUCAUCACUGUGCCUGGCUGCCUGAGCUGCUCUUCCUAUCCGUAGUACAGAGCCCUUGUUUCAGGCUGGAUGAAGGAAAGGCGUUGUUUGCCCAGUCUAUUCAUUUCUACUACGUGGAAUCUGGAAAAUCUUCUAUCUAUAUAAAUGCAAAAAGGCUGAAAAUAUGACCCACUGAGGAGGCAAUUGAAGUAUCUAUUGAUUUUAUGCCGUAUUCCAUGCAUUCUGCCUGGGAAGAAGAUUUGUUUCUAAAACACUUCAGUAAACCUCUUUGCUGAUGCAUUGAAAGAAAGCAGGGAAGAUAAAGACCUGAUUCUUUACAGCAUAUUGUGAUUAAUAUAAAGAGGUGCAGUUGGAUCUCUACCAGCUAAAGGAAUCAUCCAGAAUGAGGACAAUUUAAACCGGCUACCCAGUCUUUACUUUACUGAAGUCAUGGGAUGCGGUACUUCUGUUACAAAGAGCCAAACAAAUAAAUCAGAAAAAGCCAUUAAAGCAGCUAUUCUUAUUCAAAGAUGGUAUCGGUCUUACAUGGCACAGCUAGAAAUGAGGCGUCGAUAUUCCUUGACUAUUUUCCAAUCAAUUGAAUAUGCAGAUGAACAAGCACAGCUGCAGCUGUCCAAAUUCUUUACAUUUAUGCUGGACCAUUUUACUCGGAGCAAUGAGACAGAUCCAGAUAUCAGCUCCCACUUUUUCUCUACUACUAGUGAUUAUGCCAUGUCAGUCUCAGAUCAUGCCAUGAUAGAGUAUGAAAGAACAAUAGAGGUACCAGCCUCCUAUUAUGGGCCUCGUCUUUGUUUUCCUCUUACUGUUGCUGAUACUGAUGUACUUCUUCAGGCUUUCAAAGAUCAACAGAAGCUCCAUGCUCGAUAUGUACUUCAGCUGUUCCAUGAGACCAGGAAAGUCCUUCAACAAAUGCCAAACAUCACUCAUCUCUCAACUUCUUAUGCCAAAGAAGUAACAAUCUGUGGUGAUUUACAUGGAAAGUUGGAUGAUCUUUUGCUGAUAUUCUACAAAAAUGGCCUUCCUUCAGAAGAAAACCCUUACGUUUUUAACGGUGAUUUUGUUGACAGAGGGAAAAAUUCCAUGGAAAUACUUAUUAUCCUAUUUGCAUUUCUCCUCGUUUACCCUAACCAUUUACAUCUCAACAGAGGGAAUCAUGAGGACCACCUCAUGAAUCUUAGAUAUGGUUUCACAAAAGAAAUUAUGAAGAAGUACAAGACCUAUGGGAAAACAAUUUUGCAUCUUCUACAAGAUGUCUACAGCUGGCUUCCUCUUGCAACUAUUAUUGACAAUCAAGUUCUUAUUUUACAUGGUGGAAUAUCAGAUACUACAGAUUUGAAUUUCCUGAAUUCAUUCCACAGGAACAAGUUGAAGUCUUUGCUGAGGCCAGUGAAGUCAAAUAUGGAAGCAGUCCAUGAGCCACAGAGAACAAAUCUCGGAAACACUAGUUCCAAUCUCAUAGAAACCAAAAAGUGCAAUUCUGGGCAAGACAUCUCCAAGAAAAAUGUAAUAAGGUCCACAUCAGCAUCUUGUGAGAGAAGACAAUACUCCAAGGAAAUGGAUGAUGUCAAAGACAAUCUUGAUGGCAUCCAUGGCAGAACCAGUUCUAGCCCACUUCAGAAUGCGCAAUGUCUUAAGCCUUACAGUCUUACUACCACAUAUGCAUCUCCAGAAUUAACAGCAAAGGAAUGGGAGCAAGUAAUGGAUAUUCUCUGGAGUGAUCCUAAGCAUCAAAAUGGCUGUACACCAAACAAAUUUCGAGGAGGAGGUUGUUACUUUGGUCCAGAUGUUACUGCCAGAUUGCUGCAGCGUUAUAAUUUGAAAUUGCUCAUCAGGUCUCACCAAUGCAAACAGGAAGGUUAUGAAAUCAGCCAUAAUGGAAGGGUCAUCACUAUUUUUUCUGCCUCAAACUACUAUGAAGAAGGAAGCAAUCGUGGGGCCUACAUCAAACUAAAUCCAGAUCUGAUUCCUCGUUUUGUUCAGUAUCAAGUCAGCAAAUCUACACGUAAGCAGACCCUUCAUCAGAGAGUGACUGCAAUUGAGCUCUCUGCUUUAAAGUGUUUGCGAGAGAAACUUUAUACCCACAAAUCAGACCUCACUGCAGCUUUUACCCAGUAUGAUCCAAUUUAUACAGGAAGGAUCUCUCUUAGUCAAUGGGCUUCUGCCAUGGAAUCUGUUCUGCAUCUUGACCUACCCUGGAGAACUCUCCGUUCUCGACUAGUUUGUCUGGCUUCUGAUGGAAGUGUGGAAUAUCUUUCAUCUUUUGACAAUUUAGAAAUCAAGCUACCCAUCAAAGAGGUUCAGCCAUCUUUGGUGGAAACUCUGUGCAGAUACAAAGCUGAUUUGGAGAUUAUCUUCAAUAUGAUUGACCAAGACCAUUCUGGCCUUAUUUCUGUUGACGAGUUCCGCCAGACAUGGAAACUCUUUAAUGUGCAUCUGAAGAAUGAUGUGAGUGAUGAAUCCAUUGACAGUUUAGCCCGCACCAUGGAUUUUAACAAAGAUGGUAGCAUUGACUUCAAUGAAUUUCUGGAGGCUUUCCAUGUGGUACAUAAAUUUGAGAAUCGAUACCAUCACUAAUGAAGUUGGAUUUCAGAGAAAGAUUUUUUUUCUGUCACGUUUUACUAUCAAUGGUUUGUGGCCUUAAUAUUGUUGUGUUGGAAUUAUCAGCAUUCUUGAAGAACCAACUAGUUGGAGAAAGUACUCCUUCUUAAUAUAUUUACUUUUUAUAAAAACAUGGCAAAAUUUGUUAAUGAGAAACAAAAAUGUACAAGCUGGUCAAGAUGGUUUAAAGAAUAAUAUAGACCAUGUUAACAGUAAUUUAAGUAAUGCCAUAUUUUAAUUCUUUUGAAACUCUUCUUCAUAAACAGUCUUUUCCUGCGCAAGUGGUAGAUGGAUCAUACAUACUGUUUUUCCUAAGCUGGUGCCUUCAAGAUGCAUUGGUUUCAACUUCCAUACUUCUUAGUGCAAGCAUUACUCAUGCUGCUGAGAUAAUGCUUAGUAAGAGUUAUGAACCAUGUACAUUUCACCUGUGUGGUUCUCUGAUGCGUCCCAGCGAAGCUGACACUGCAUCAUCUUCAUACAGCUCUGCUUGUGUAUUCUUAUGACACAUGAAAUCUGACAAACAACAAUUGUAUGAUACAGAAUAGCUGUAGCUUAUUUUAAUUUCAGAAUAUUGAUGAGAGGAGGCCUGAAAGAUCAAUAGUUCCACUGGUAUAAGCAUUUUUAUUUUUACUAUAGCUGUUGUUUUUUUUACUAGUUUUGACAUGUCAGACAUUACGAACUUAUAAACCUUGCUGGAUCCAACCACAAGCCUAUCUAAUCCUUUCUGUUCCUAUGGUGGCCAACCACCUGCCAGUAGGAAGCCCUCAGACAAAAAGUGAUGGAAGAUGAUAGGUGAUCCCCCAUGACUUUGGCUAAUAUUCUUUUAAAUCCAUCAACUAGCCAUGCUUAUAUCACAACAAAUUUCAUAGUUUAACUGUGAUUAUAUAACAUUUUCCUUUUUUCUGUAUGUCUUCACUGGAUGUCUCCCUAGUCACUUUUUCCAUACUAUGUACAUCUCUAUCACUUUUAGUGUGUCGGGCGGUUUUCCCCCUGAAUUAAG